UGGGUUAGUUAUAACAAUCGUUGGUAGUAGCACUUCAACUAGACUGAAAAGGAGAGAGACGAAAGCGGGUUGGAAAUUACUGAGAGAGGAGGGGGGAAACAGAAAGGGGACAAGUGGGGGCAUUUUUGGAUUAAAUCAAUGACCUUAGUCACCGGGACUUUAGGAUAACGGGCUCCUACGAACGAGUGGGUAGCCCAGUGCGACGUUUGAUGGAAUAGCUGCAGAAAAUUGCCUUUUCUCCUCCGGUGGUGCUGAUCGAAACAAGGGCGAGAGGGGGGACCUCGAAACACAUUCACCAAGAGGAAGUCAGAAGUACCGCAGGCUUUUUGGAGGGCCUAUUCGAGUUCCAUGCUCUAUCAACAGACCCUCUAACCCGGAAUAGAAUAGAAAUCGACAGGAAUUAGAAAUCAAUAAUAUUAACAUUUUGUGACAGCUACAAUUAAGAAGUAUACGGCUUGUCAUACAAUUGACUUUCCAAAUAUUUGGGUACACCUUUGAACUUGGAUGCCUCAAACUCUGAGCAAUAAGUUAUUAGCAGCAAUCCUCAAAGUUACUGAUUUGUCACCAGGAAUAGGCUUAUUGUUGCCAGUUUAUUUGACGGACUCCCUUCUUUGGCCGACACAUUUGUUAAGCAUUGAUUGAUCCUGACAAUGCUCAGUGUGAGCUUCAUAUUUCACACCAUGUCCAUUGACAGUUAGUUGCAGGGUUACGCCCGGUUAAGCAAAUACAUUAAGUAAGUAAUAAGGGACAUACGGAAGAACCCAAGGUAGUUUUUUCAUUUGAAACGGAAUAUUUAUGCACUGUUUACAAGAUGGGGAAAAUGCUAUCGAAAAUCUUUGGCAACAAGGAGAUGAGAAUAUUGAUGCUUGGACUUGAUGCUGCUGGAAAGACCACCAUCCUUUACAAACUGAAACUUGGACAGUCAGUCACCACAAUUCCUACUGUUGGUUUCAACGUCGAGACUGUCACCUACAAAAACGUAAAAUUCAAUGUAUGGGACGUUGGAGGCCAAGAUAAGAUCCGUCCCCUGUGGCGACACUACUACACGGGCACUCAAGGGUUAAUCUUUGUUGUGGAUUGCGCUGACAGAGAUCGCAUCGAUGAGGCGAGGCAGGAACUCCAUCGCAUCAUUAAUGACCGUGAAAUGAGGGACGCCAUCAUCUUGAUAUUUGCUAAUAAACAGGACCUGCCAGAUGCCAUGAAGCCGCACGAAAUCCAAGAGAAACUAGGAUUGACCCGCAUCAGAGAUAGGAAUUGGUAUGUUCAGCCCUCCUGUGCGACCACGGGAGACGGACUAUAUGAGGGGUUGACAUGGCUAACAUCAAAUUACAAAUCUUAAUGAUUGAAUUAUGACUGUUUUCGAAAUUUUUUUAAACUACGAAGUUAAAUUGAGGCAAGUAACAAAUAACUUUACUUCUCAAAUGAAUAUAAUAAAGGAGUGAUUAUCCAUUUAUUUUGAUUACAAUGAUGAUCCUACAACUAAUUUAUCUUUAUAAGCUGUGUUUGCUGGUUUAUAGUUUGCAUCAACUCUGUAGCAAGCCUAUGUCACGUUAUUUUUUCGGCUUGAUGAAUACACAAUUAAAUGGGUUCAUAAUUCAAAACUACAGAGAUUACCGCCUUUGACUAUUCUUUAUCCCAUUUAAUUAUAUUUUCUAAUUAAGAUGGAUUUGUAUAUUUUCAUUUGGGCUAAGGCUUGGUUCUGUUAUGCUUUUAAGAUACUGUUGGAUUGAUUGAGUAACAAGGGUCUGUUUCCUAGUUGUUCCUUUCAGAACUAAAGUCUGAUGUUUAGUCUAGCUUGUUUGGGAUAGCUAGCUACAACACCUUAUAUUAAACAUGUUUUAAUACAGAAACCCUGUAGCAAAUUGAGUUAUUUAUUUUAGAUUGUAUUGGUGACUACACUGCAAGAUGUGAUUAAACUAUUCACCAUUUCUUACAUUUCAUUGUCAAUAUUCUGGACAUUGUGACAAAAUUAUGUCUGAAAAGACAUUGUGUAGUGUUUGGACUUGCCAUCUGGAACCCAUUUGCACAAGUGAUUCCCUACAGUGGGCAAUAUUGUGAAUUAUCCCAAAUUGUGCUCAAGCAUAAAACUGAAACAGGCCUCUGGUAACUCAAACAUGCUUUUUAGAAUGCAGGUUUUGUUAAUGGGUAGCCUAACAUUGAUGGUUAUGUAGCCAAUGGACUCAAUAUUCCAAAGGAAUGUCAUUCAGCUCUGAGCUCUCAACGUACUACCAUUAAUAUGUCUCAGGAUACGAGACCUAUUACUAGACUAAAUCUGCAGCAUGAGUACAGAAGUACAGUAACCCUACAGCAGAGUGGACCUGUCAUUCAAUGGGAGAGAGCAGCUCCCUGGUGAAAUGAUAAGUCAUCUUUUGGUUCAGGUUUCUUACUCUUGUUGACUUGGAGAACCAUGUACAGAACAAUGUCAUUGUAAUGUCUAAUAAAAAACAAACAUUUUAAA